AUGAAGAUAGAUGAUAAUAAUAAAACGGAAUGCUCUUCUGGUAGUUUAGAAAAGAAUAAGUUUUUCAAUACCUCAUUUAAAUAUGUAUUAUCUGCAUGUAUAGCAUCUUUUAUAUUUGGGUAUCAAGUUAGUGUUUUAAAUACUAUAAAAAAUUUUAUAGUUGUUGAAUUUGAAUGGUGUAAUGGUGUUGAUAGAUUAAAUUGUGAUACAAAUACAAUACAAAGUUCCUUUUUAUUAGCAUCAGUUUUUGUUGGUGCAGUUAUUGGUAGUGGUUUUUCAAGUUACUUGGUACAGUAUGGAAGAAGAUUUUCCUUACUAGUAAUUUAUAAUUUUUUUGUUAUUGUUAGUAUUUUGACGUCAAUAACUCAUCAUUUUCACACAAUUUUAUUUGCUCGUCUAUUAAGUGGUUUUGGUGUUGGUUUAAUUACUGUUAGUGUACCUAUGUAUAUAUCAGAAAUGACACAUAAAGAUAAAAAGGGAGCAUAUGGUGUUUUACAUCAAUUAUGUAUUACUUUUGGAAUUUUUAUCGCUGUAUUAUUGGGAUUAGCUAUGGGUAGUGGUCCUGAUGCAAAGUCAAAGGAUCCGUUAUCUAACUUUGAAAAAAUAUGGUGGAGAUUAAUGUUUUUAAUUCCAUCUUUUAUAUCUCUUUUAGGUAUUUUCUUAUUAGUAUUUUUUUUUAAAGAAGAAACACCAUAUUAUUUAUUUGAACAUGGGAAAAUAGAAGAAUCGAAGAAAAUUUUGAAAAAAAUAUAUGGAACUGAUGAUGUUGAUGAACCUCUAAAAGCUAUUCAAGAAGCUAUUGAACAAAAUGAAGCAGCAAAAAGAAAUUCUUUAUCAUUAUUAGCUGCAUUAAAAAUCCCCUCUUAUAGAUAUGUUAUAUUAUUGGGUUGUAUUUUAUCAGGAUUUCAACAAUUAACAGGUAUAAACGUUUUGGUUUCUAACUCAAAUGAAUUAUACAAGGAAUUUUUGGAUAAAAAUUUAAUAACUAUUUUAAGUGUGAUUAUGACCGUAAUUAACUUUUUAAUGACAUUCCCAGCUAUUUAUAUUGUUGAAAAAAUAGGAAGAAAAACUUUAUUACUAUGGGGAUGCGCUGGUAUUAUUGUUGCAUAUCUACCAACAGCUAUUGCUAAUGAAAUUAAUAGAAAAUCACAUUUCGUAAAAAUGCUUUCAAUAGUUGCAACUUUUGUUAUGAUUAUUUCAUUUGCUGUGUCCUAUGGUCCAGUUUUGUGGCUUUAUUUACAUGAAAUGUUUCCAUCCGAAAUAAAAGAUAGUGCAGCAAGUUUGGCUUCUUUAGUAAAUUGGUUAUGUGCAAUUAUUGUUGUAUUUCCAUCAGAUGUUAUCAUAAAAAAAUCUCCAUCUGUUCUUUUUAUUAUUUUUGCAAUUAUGUCUAUUAUUUCUUUCUUGUUUGUUUUAUUUUUUGUUAAAGAAACCAAAGGAAAUGAAAUAGGAACAAGUCCAUAUAUUUCAAUGGAGGAAAGACAAAAGCAUAUGAUAAAUAAGGAGGCAGUUUAA